CUGCAAUAGCCAAAUAUCUCCAGUAUGUUUCCAAGCUUGAUUAUGCGGAAACUCCUGAUUAUGACCACUUAAGAAAACUAAUGAAAGAUGGAUUAAAGAAAUGUGGGGCAGGAAUCAAUGGGAAAUUGAACCUGGGGUUGCCACUGUCACCAAAGAAGGGCAGAAAGAGAGAAAGUGACAAUGUAAGUGACACACCAUCUCCGAAAAAGAAAGCUAAGAAGACUGCAGUAAAAUCCCCUAAACAUCGAGUGACCCCAGCAAAAACUCCUGUCAAAUCCCCAAGGCGAACACCAGCUGUAGCAAAAUCACCAGCUGCAGUAAAGUCUCCAAGAGGAUCUGCAUCCAAAGCCAAGUCACCUGGCACUAGUUCCCCUAGGCACACUCCAACAGCAAAGAAGAAAGUAAGCAAGCAGGUUAGGAAGACGGUGACCAAGUCCAGCAUAGCAACUCAGACCUCACCUGGUUUGAAAGGACUGAGGAAAAGCAGACAAAGUAGAUGAAAGAACUGUUGGUUUGGAGAAAACAAUUUUUCUAAAUCAAAAAUUAGCCAGAGACGCCACACAUGACAGAAGCAGAUGCGUCAGAUCUGGUGAGAUUUAAGUGAAAGGAUGAUGUUCUUGAGAUUCCAGUUUUGACAUUCCCCAAAACUUCUUUAUCCAAUGAGAUCUGACAAGUACUACCUGUUAUUCAUAUAAAAAUUCAGGGAAGAUUAAAGCUUUCACUAUUUAAGAACAUAUCAACAGAAAGAACCAGACCCUAAAACUCUCUCUCAAGAUUUUAUAUGCAAUGAUUAUAAGGUGGCUAGUUAAACAUUGGUAAUAAUAAUGAAACAAUCAUUUUAUUAAUAUGUGACUUAGCACAUAGAAGUUAGAUGCUGAUGUGAAGGUUAAAUUGCACUAUUACCACGGUUGCUUCAAAUCUUAAAUAAAAAGAAAUAAAGCCUUCA